AUUCUAGUAUGACGUAAGCACGUUCCUUGACAAGCUCUAAAAAGAAGUGGCUUUUUUACUAUGUCUUUCGUUUUUUGUAUUGAAAGUUCACGAUGAUAGAGAAUUUCAAGCUCUAUCAGAAUCUAUAAUUGCUUGUUUAAUAAUUUACUUUCAUAGUGGCUAUAUUUUGAAAAAAGGAGAAAAGUAACGAUUUUUGGCACUUGUCAAUUGACGAUGUGUUCACUGUACUCAAUAUUUUUCAAGAAAAUAGGUGAAUAUACAGGGUGAUAGAGAAUUUCAAGCUCGAGAAAGUCGACUGGUUAGAAAUCUGUUCAUGAGGGUGUCUUUAUUCCACUUGAUUAAUUGUUCGGAAGAUACAAGCAAGAUGCAAUCAAAAUACACAGUUUGGUACAGAAUUCCAAGGGCUAUCGAAUGGUAUAAUUACUUUUUUCAAAAUAUCCUUUUAGAGUGUCGAAAAGGUCCAAAUACCGACUCCAGCUUUUGCUUUCCAAGGGUAUAGAUGAUACUUGUUCAGUUCAAUUGACAAAUGACAUUUAUCAUAUUGAUUGACUAAGUACGUGAGUAGACCAAAGAAUUUUGCCAAGUUUUCUGUGAAAACUGACGUCGUGAUAACGUUCUAACGUAUCUAGAGAAAUUAAUCGAACUGCUAUAGUGAUGUUAUAUAGAGAGCGGUCAUAACUUUUUUGUCAAAUGUUAAAUUAUAUCAACGGAAUUUUACUCUAAUUUCGUAACAAUCGUAUUAAUCGACAAGCUUACAGUUAAAUAUUCAAGAUACGAGCAUCACCAAAUUAUUUAACACUGUCAUGUCGAAUACAUGACAAAGACUUGAUUUUUUUGCUUUUGAUUAUCUGUGAUAUUUACAGAUAAACAAAUAUUCAUGAGACAUAACAAAUACUUUCAUAACAAGUUUCAGCACAGUACAAUCUUUGUCAAUCACUCUCAUAAAGAUCCCUGCAUCCCUCAAAACACCACCUAAAAUUAUGUUUAAUAUCAUAUGUUUGAAACAUGAAUAAAUGAAACAUGUCGUAUCAGCAGUACAUGAAUAUUUGUUUUCCAUGUUGUGACAAUAGAUCAAUGUAAGAAUUCAUUAUUGUAUAUAAUAUUUUUACGAGAAAUUUAUAGUAUGACAUUUGGCAGAAUAGUUAUAACAAUUCUGGUUUUACGUAUAUAGUUUCAACAUGAAGUUAUAGGAAUGCAAUCUCGAGGACUGUGGCUGUACUAGUAAGAGUUAGCCCAUAGACUCAAAGCUUGAGUUUUUCUGUAGCUAAAUAAAUGGUUGUAAAACAAAUCUUGUUGAUACGCCCCAAUUGAGUAUAAAAGUCAGAAUCAUUGAAAAAUAUAUAAAGUAAUCAGUUUUUUUAAGUGAAAACACCUUAUAUAAAUACCACAACUUUUCAAACUUUUUUCAAGAUGAAAUGGAAAUUUUUGAAUAUAUGACGUAAAACAACAUGGAAAAAAAUGAGUUGUAUGAGCUACUUAGACUGGUCUUCUAAAGCUCUGUGGUAGGAUUUUUUUGUAAAAUACGCUUUUUCGAAAACUUUUGUGUUUGAAAAUCCACAAAGUCCUCGAAGUUCUACCUUGCGUUUUUAUGGUAUUAGAAUGCCAGGUCAGUUGAAUCCAUUGGUUUUUGGACGAUGAAUAGUGUCAGAUACCUUUGAUUUUGUUUUUCUAUGUUAGUUUUUGAUUCUACACUAAAGUUUCUUGGAUGUGUUCUCUUAAUAGACAGUUAGUUGUUACUUUUUUCAAUUUAAUAUAUUUUUUAUUUUUAAUAGGACCAUGCGUAUUCAAAGGUUAUCUACAGGAUGAUUUAUUGAAUCAAAAAGUUUUGAUUAAUAUACCAGAAAUCGAUCCUACACAAAAAUUAUUAAAAACAGGUGAUACAGCCAAGUUAAAUACUCAUGGUCAAAUACUCUAUGUUAAUAAAAGUUCUUCUGCUGUUGUUGAUCAUAACAAUAAUCAAAGACCAAGUCGAAAUAUUCAACUCGAACAUGAUGUUCAUCAAUUAUGGUGUAAACUUUUAAAUCAAGAUGAAAUAACAUUUGAUAAAAAUUUUUAUUCAUUAGGAGGUAAUUCAAUAUUAUUUAUGAAAUUAUUUAAUUCUUACCAGACAUUAUUUGUACCACAUAAACAGUUAAAUAUAACAGAUUUUUCACAAUAUCUAACAAUCAAUGAACACGUUGCUAAAUUGAACAAUGAAACAAAUUUAUUACCAUUAAGAGAGCAAUGGUUACCACUGAAUAUACAUCAAGGUAUUGUCUAA